AUGUCCGCGACCAAGAACGGGAAAGGAAACCGAAUCGAGUACCAUUACUGGGACUACAGUUUCGAGUGGACCGAUCAGCAUCGCCCUGCGAGCGAAUUUGAGUCUUGGAUCCACUCCUGCGAUAGCCUGGCUGAUGAAUGCAAUGAUAUAUUAAACGAGUUACCGGCCCCUGCCAACAAUGAAGGCGGUAAUAUUUCAAAACGAGACCGCUAUGCGCUUUUGAAGGGCAAUCAUGAAAACCACCCGAAACUCGAGGAGCUGUGGUCCCAGAUUAAUACGGUGCCCGACUGGGUGGACUGGGCACAGAUUCAACGCGGCCAGGAGGUGUAUUGGAGAUAUAUGCUCCCCAUAGCGAACUCGCUCACAUACAAUAGCUUACUCGGUGGAAUGGGCGCUAUUCGUGUAGGAGAAACAUUAUCACGCACUGGUGGGUUCGGCGCCAAUGUCGUCCGUCGUCGAUUAUUAGAAACCGCCCAACACGCAUUUCAAGUGAACAGUUCGGUGGACAGCAUGAGGCCUGGAGGAGACGGCCACCUCGCAUGCGUUCGAGUCCGACUCCUUCAUUCAGCAGUACGUCGCAAGAUCAUGAGCCUGGUGGAGCGAGACCCAACGUACUAUGACGUCCAAAAAUAUGGCUUGCCCAUCAACGAUCUAGAUGCCUUUGCGACCAUCAAUACGUAUAGCAGCACCGUUAUCUGGUUAGGGCUUCCGCGCCAGGGCAUCAACCUGAGCGAGCAAGAGCAGGAAGAUUACAUCGCUCUAUGGCGCCUGGUCGCCUGGUAUAUGGGAGCCCCCGCCGAGCCGUUUGAAAGUGCCGCGAAGGCAAAACUUUGGUCGGAGUCUCUGCUCAUCAAUGAAUUUGCUCCAACCGAUACUGGAAGAAUCCUCGCCAAGAAUAUUGUAAUAGGAAUGGAGAAUACCGCUCCUGCAUAUGCCUCGAAGGAAUUCAUGGACGCGUUAUCCCGGUUACUCAACGGCGAUCAGCUUUCGGAUGAGCUCCAUAUUCCACGAACGAGCUUGUAUUAUCGAAUGCUGAUGUGGGGAUACUGUCUCUCGGUCCAGUUACAGGCCAAAGCAGUGCCGCGGAUUGGUUUCAUCGAGAGAUAUAUUUUUGCAUCUCGCCGCCGGAUGAUGUGGGACCAUCUCAUGGAUGAUAAAGAGGGCCUAGGAAAGGAAACAAUCUUCGACUUUAAAUACGUCCCAAGCCUCAACCGAACAACAAAAGAAGGGCAGCGGAAAAACUACAUGUUGAAAAGGCCCGGUAUUGAGGUGCUAUCCUAUAUGGGACUUCUUGCUGCCUUCGGGAGUGUUGCCACCCUCAGUACUGGACUCUACUUGGCAGCGGCAAAGGUAUUGCUAGGGAGUCAAGUCAUGCCAGAUCUGAGUCAUAUUAUACGUGUUUAA